CACCAAAACAAAGAUGGCGGCUGACGGGAGCGGCGGAGAACUUCAUCUGUCCACCUGAGCAGCACAGGGGUCGUGACCUGUGCGGACAGCCAAUCAGAGCGCGGGACAGGGGGCAGAGGUCACCAGAGAAACGCAGAGAGAGCUGAGUGGCAGGGAAAACAAAAGAGGGACAGAAUGAUGGGCAGAACAAUAAGCAGCAGUGGAUUGUGUCGUCCAGAGCUGCGGUCACUCUGCUCUCUCGCCUCCUCUGCAGCGCCCACCAAACUGCACGGACUACAUUACCCAUCAGGCAGUGGGGGCAGGAAGUACCGCACACAGUACCAGGCGGGUCAAGUGGGACAGGCCCAAGUCAACCAGAUACUGAAGGCCUAUGAAUACAGCCACUCUUUCCCCAAAGGCUCCGCAUCGCACGGCGUCCUGGGUUUCCAUAGCAACAUGCUGCCCUCUAACCAGCCGAGCGAGGACCGCCGGAGCAGCGCCACCUGUCUGCCGGGCCGGGGCGGCGUCAUGUUCGGUGUGUUCGAUGGACACGCCGGAGCCGCAUGUGCACAAGCCGUGAGCCACAGACUCUUCUACUACAUGACUGUGGCCGCGCUGCCUUUAAGGACGUUGGGUGAGAUGGAGGCCGCGGUGGAGGAGGACCGACCUGCGCCGCCCCUCCUGGAGUGGCACAGACACCCGCGGGACCCCUGCGAGCUGGACUACGGGCCCAUCCGUGUGGACAGCCUCAGACACUACUGGCAGGACAGGCUCCAGCAGGAAGAGGAGGAGGAGGAUGAAGAGGAUGAGGCGUCGGUUUGUUCAGGCCUCGUCAGUGCGUUCAAACGUCUGGACUUUGACAUAUCUGUGGAGGCUCAGGUCCACCUCUCCAGGGGGGGCGGUGGCGGUGGUUCGGCCCCGUUGCAGGUGGCCUUCUCUGGGUGCACAGCCUGUGUAGCCCUGGUCUCUAACGGGACCCUCCACGUGGCUAACCUGGGGGACAGCCGGGCCGUGCUGGGCGUGCAGGAGACCGACGGGAGCUGGUCCGCCCUCAGUCUGACCAAUGACCACAACGCGCAGAACCCAGACGAGCUGCAAAGGAUCAUGGGAGAACACCCGCGGUCCGAGAAACGUACAGUGGUCAGACAUGACAGACUGCUGGGGCUGCUGCUGCCCUUCAGGGGCUUUGGAAACAUGCGGUUCAAAUGGAGCCCGGAGAUGCUGAGCCACGCGAACGAGAAGAGGCAGGACAUGAUGUUACCUCCGCACUACCUCACACCUCCGUACCUCACAGCAGAGCCAGAGGUCACCCAGCACCACAUCUGCGCUCGGGACAAGUUCCUGGUGCUGGCCACGGACGGGCUUUGGGAGCUCAUGCACCGGCAGACUGUGGUGCAACUGGUGGCACAGCAGCUCACAGGCCUGCAGUACCAGCGCCCUCUAGUGCCGGGGGCUGGCAUGACUCUGGGGGGGCUGCAGCGGCUGUUGGUGGAGCGAAGGGGGCGUGUCCAGGCCGUUUUGGAGGACCAUAACGCCGCCACGCACUUACUGAGACACGCCUUGGGGGACGACGGCUACGGAGCGGUGUCACCCAACAAACUCGCCAAGAUGCUCAGCCUGCCCCCAGACGUGGCCCGGCGUUACCGUGACGACAUCACAAUCACUGUCAUACUGCUCAAUGAACCCGACGUGUGAGUCCACGACGCGAACGAGAGCGCUAAACUUUUCUGGAAGACAUGAUCAAGUUCAACGUUUGUGAAUUUACUUUUUCUAUGUUUGAAAAAAAUUCCACCUGGUCAAGUUACAGGUAAGAUCUGUGGAGAAGUAGCCCCUCUCGCAAUAAGAUUUAAUGGUUUUAUCAGUACUAUAAGCAAUAAAAAAACACCGUAAUUGAAUAAAUGUACGACGUAUUAGUUUAAUGGCAAACUGUGGACACUGAACGUUUCCAUGGAGACAAAAUGUGGCAGACCUCGCCCAGAAAAGUCACAUAGUGCACUUUAAAAACUGCGCAGUGUUAAAAAUAAGACUGGAACAUCACAUCUUUGAGACUGAAAAAUGGCACCACUCCAAGAGACUGUGAAACAAUUAUUUGGUAAAGACACUAGGGGCGAGGUGGGUUAAGCGUCUUGCCCAAGAACACAACAACAGCGUUCAUCUGUGGGAGCUGGAAACUGAUGACGUUUAUGUCGAGAGCGGGAUUCGAACCGCCAACCUUCAGAUCCGUGGACGAACACACGUAGUUUAUUUAUACUGACAGACAAGAUAAAGAACUUUGUGCCAGUUUUGUGCCAGUAAUUUAAUGAUUUGACAAUAAUGUGACAAUAAACCAACCAAAAUCUGAACUGUCCCCCAGCUCAGUUUGAAAUUCUAAUGCUGUGACAUAAUGUGAACGCAACCUCGCCUUAUAAUUUAUACACUAAAUAUCUGUGCGCUCUAUUUUCUUGUCUGAGCUGAGCCUGACUGUGAGGACUGCCUUCGGAGGAGCUGUGUUCUGGCUGAAAACUGUCUGUUAUGAAUAUUCAAAGCACCAUAUGGUCCUGUGAUUGUAAAUGGGGUGGAAAGAGGGUUUUUAUGUUCAGGUCACAAAUGGGAGCAAUGCUUUUAGCCGCCACCGGGGGCACCAAACACAACAGGUUUUCAGAGCAA